GUGUGCCUCCAAGUCAUUUCAGACUUAAUCUACAGUUUAGGGUGGGAAGCAGAUAAAUGACCUUGCAGGGCCAUAUCUGGCUCACGGGCCUUAGUUUGGGGACCCCUGGUGUAGGCUCAUUUGAUGCAGUUGAAUUGCAUUAUAUAGCAACUAGCUGUGCCCGGCCACGCAUUGCUGUGGCAAAGUGGUGGUGGUAUUGGUUAAAAAUUGUGUAAUUUUUAUUUGACGUUAUUUGUAUUUUUUUUAUCAAUUUUAUUGUAAGUUAUCUUUUUAUUCUAUUUUAUUAUUUUCUUGUAUUAUUUUUAGUUAUUUUCUGUUAUAGUAUUUUAUUGUAUUAAUUUUUUAGUGUUUCUAAUUAUUUUUUAGUGUUUUUAAUUAUUUUUUAGUGUUUUUUUAUUAUUUUUAUUGGGUUGCUAGGAGACCAAGUUGGAAGAGCUUAGCCUUCUAACUGGCAGCAAUUGGAUAAAAGCAAUUAUUCCUCUCUCUCUAAUUAGGACUUUAUUUUUCUUUUCUUUUUGUUGUAUCAACCUAGAGCCGUGGAUGAUAGGUUGUGUUGUCAAAUUUAGAGGUUGGGGGGCCUGUAGUUUUGUUGUUUUGUGGGUCGCCGUGAUGCCAUUACUCUUUUAUAUAUAUAGAUGUAGAUGGUGACCAAUUCCUCACUCAUGGCAUUUUUGUGACUUAUGCAAAGGAAAUAACUUGUUUUGGAACAACUCUCUUUUAAAAGCUCUUUACUCUUACAAUUUAAAAAGGUAAUAUAAAAGCAGACGGUGUGCUAAGACAAAAGGGUGGGCAGAGAAGCAAGUUUUAAUUUCCCAUUCAAAUGUAAAACUUUUAUGACUUCUGAAAUCAGUUAUUCCUAUAUUUUUCUUGGUCUAUAUAGUAGCAACAGUUAAUCAAGUGCAUAAAUUACUAAUGCCCAGUCUUGGACGAAAUGAGCUGUGCAAAAAAGUGAAGGCAAACAUGGCCCAACUGUUCAUACAAUGGUUACAUAAGAUAUGUAUUGAACAUUACACAGUUUUGCUCACAAUUUACUGCAGAUCAGCAUGUCCUCUAGUCCUCUUCCCUCCAAUUAAAAUGACAAACAAAACAAAAAAACCCUCCUGUUUUCCUUACCAAGAGGGCUAUGGAAAGAGUCACAUGCUUCAGGAACGGACAAUAUAAAAGCAAAAACAAACCAUCACGCACCACUCUUGUGGUCUUAAACACCCCCUUCCAUGGUUUAUUUCUUCCCCUUCAGAUAAAGAGCAAAAGUUUUUUUUAUAGUACUUCAUUUGAGGGACUCAAGUCUCAGUAAAGGUUUUAACCUGUGGGAAUGGAUCUCCUCCAUAGCAAUGGAGUGCUCAUAAUUCAGCAUUUGCAGAAGGAUUACAGGUCUUAUCAGAGCUUUCUCAAUUUCAUGUCACAUGUUGGAGAUCCUCGGAAUAUUUUCUCAAUUUAUUUUCCUCUCUGGUUCCAGCUUAACCGAGUGGUUGGGACAAAAAUGAUCUGGGUGGCAGUGAUUGGUGAUUGGUUCAAUCUUAUAUUUAAAUGGAUUCUAUUUGGUCAUCGGCCGUAUUGGUGGGUCCAAGAAACUAUGAUCUAUCCUAACCAAACUAGCCCAUGUCUUGAGCAGUUUCCCAUAACAUGUGAAACAGGACCAGGAAGCCCCUCUGGUCAUGCCAUGGGAUCUUCAUGUGUUUGGUACAUAAUGGUGUCAGCAGCCCUUAGCUAUACAGUGAGACUGAAAGAUGAGACAGCUAUCAACCUCCACAGACUCACCUGGUCUUUCUUGUGGAGCAUGUUCUGGAUUAUACAGAUCAGUGUGUGUGUGUCAAGAGUAUUCAUAGCGACACAUUUUCCCCAUCAAGUUAUCCUUGGAGUAAUUGCUGGUAUGCUAGUUGCAGAAGCAUUUGAAUAUGCUCCAGCCAUUCAGACAGCAAGCUUAAAAACAUACAUCCAGACCAAUGUGUUUCUCUUUGCUUCUGCUCUUGGCUUGUAUCUGGUUCUCAAGUUGAUUGACAUUGACCUUCUGUGGUCUGUACCGAAGGCAAAGAAAUGGUGUGCCAACCCAGAGUGGAUCAAUAUUGACACAACUCCCUUUGCUGGAUUGGUGAGAAACUUGGGUGCUCUCUUUGGGCUCGGACUCGGCAUUAAUUCUGACAUGUUUAUCAUAAGCUGUAAUGGUAAACAUGGCUAUAAGCCCAGUUUCAGGAUACUGUGCAUAGCCACAUCUUUGGCUACCCUGCAGCUCUAUGAUUUUAUCAAAAUACCUACCCACACUGAGUAUUUGUUUUACAUCCUUUCUUUCUGCAAAAGUGCUGCCAUACCGCUUACAGUAGUGGCUUUGAUUCCAUACUGCAUACAUUUGCUAAUGAAGCCAAUAGAAAAGAAGCUUCCAUAACAGAUUGCAUUUGGUAUGGAAGAACCUGGGACACACAAAAGGCCAAGAAUGUCCCAUCUCUGAAGGCUUGUGUUGUCGAAGGCUUUCAUGGCUGGAAUCACUGGGUUGCUGUGAGUUUUCUGGGCUGUAUGGCCAUGAUCCAGAAGCAUUCUUUCCUGACGUUUCACCCACAUCUAUGGCAGGUAUCCUCAGAGGUUGUGAGGCAUAUUAGAAACUAGGCAAGAGAGGUUUAUAUAUCUGUGGAAGGCCCAGGGUGGGAGAAAGAACAGAUAUACAAACCUCCCUUGCCUACUUUCCAAUAUACCUCACAACUUCUGAGGAUGCUUUCCAUAGAUGUGGGUUAAAUGUCAGGAGAGAAUGCUUCUGGAACAUGGCCAUAGAGAUCGGAAAACUCACAGCAACCCUCUGAAGGCUUGCUUUCUUCUGUUCUGAACAACCAUGUGUACACGUCUACGUAGAAAAUCAAAAUUGAUCGUUACAUCCCUGGAGGCCUUAUCAUUCAAAAAAAGAAAUUGUUUGGCCAGGCGUUUGAUUUAAUUUCCCAAAUAUUGCAAAAUGUAAAUGAAACAGUGUAAUAUGUCAGAACUUCCAUUGGUUUUGGAAGAUUUUGUGAAUAUUAUUGGUAGUUAAGGCUUGAUGGGGAUGCCCAUCUGUAAUAUUAAAGGUGCUUUCCCACCUAGUCCUCCUUUCCAACCUAAGAAAAGUAUUGGUUUUAUUCAAUACUGCUUCAUAUAUAUGUGUGUGUACAGAUUGGUGUAUGUAUAAAUAGACAGUUAGAUAUAGAAGUAUGUACAGUUACUAAUGGAGGAAAUACACAUCCACAAGCAUAGAUCUCUGCUUUUCCCUAUAGUUGGGUUCUCCCUGUCAUCUAGAUAUUCAGCAAUGUAUAUGGGUUGCUCUGUAUACUGACCUCUGUUCUGAGGUCUACUUUGUGACUCUGCUUUCUCUUGAUUAAUGCAAGAAUGUCAAUUUUUCAGACUUUUCUAUUAGGAACCAAAUUUUAGACUUCCAGGUAUCCUAGAAUUAGCAUGAGCUGUGUGAAGUGCACCUUUCUCUCACUCCCAUUUCUAAGGCAAGACAUAGGCUGCAGUCUUGAACUCACUUAGCCAAGCCUCAUUAAACUCAAUUGGAUGUAAUUUUGAAAGGCAUGCAUCGCAUUGUGUUAUAAUUCACCUGGAAACUGAGUAAUGAACAUACAAUAAAAUUCGGUUAGCGUUGUAAGAUCCAGCCAUCUGGAUCAAAUACUUUAAGACGUAAUUAUUAAUAAAAACAUCUGUCAGGACUUUUUUUCUGGGAAGAUAAAGCAAAAGUAAUUACUUACCUAUAUAUAUAUGUGUGUGUGUGUGUAUAAUUAAUUAGAUAGAUAGAUAGAUAGAUAUAGAUAGAUAGAUAGAUAGAUAGAUAGAUAGAUAGAUAGAUAGAUAGAUAGAUAUAUCAGGGCAAAAUGUGUGACCUAUGCGUCUGUCUUGAGAAAAAUAGUUUCUGGGUAGGUUUUGCUUUAUCUUCCCAGAAAAAAACUGACAGUAUAUGAAUGCUGCCUUUCCCAUUUGGACAUGUACAAUCUUGGGAUGAAAAGAGAAAUAAUGAAAAUGUCUUGAACACCUCUCUCAAAUCAGAAAGUAUUGAAGUUAUCCAUUUGAAGCUCUUUAGUGCAAAUGGAUCAAUAGUAGAUGGGUACAAAGAGAGAAGAAAAGCUAGUUAUAAUGGUAGACAUGGCCUCCAUUCUCUCUACAGAGUACACUGAAUAACCACAUUCCUGAGUCUUUUCAAUGGUUACAACAGGCUUACUAGGACAGUUGCUUGUAUUAUUGUUCUGUCUUUAUAGACAAAGCUAUUUGAUGUCUGAAAAGGAUAAAACCAGCAAAUACUGAUGUCAGACGCUGUACAGCUAAAAGGAAUGUGGCCAGUUUUGCUCACUUCUGGACUUUUACACUCAUAGGCUUGUCUAGGAAGACCUUUGUAAUAUUGCUUUGUGAAAACAGAAGAUAUACAUCCUGAUCAAGGGAGUAUGCAAUCUAUUUUGAAUCUGCAUUUAUAGUAUGCUUUUAAAGAACCCGAACUUCUGUACUAGAUUGCUGGUUUCUAUGUUAUCUUGUAAUUGAAUGCUCACACAUUUAUAUACAUAUACAGUAGAGUCUCACUUAUACAACGUUCUGGAUUAUCCAAUGCAGUCUGCCUUUUAGUAGUUAAUGUUUUUGUAGUCAAUGUUUUCAAUACAUUGUGAUGUUUUGGUGCUAAAUUCGUAAAUACAGUAAUUACUACAUAGUGUUACCGUGUAUUAAACUGCUUUUUCUGUCAAUUUGUUGUAAAACAUGAUAUUUUGGUGGUUCAUAGAAUCAUAGAAUAGUAGAGUUGGAAGAGACCUCAUGGGCCAUCCAAUCCAACCCAACACUAAGAAGCAGGAAAUCGCAUUCAAAGCACCCCCGACAGAUGGCCAUCCAGCCUCUGCUUAAAAGCUUCAUUUGUAAAAUCAUAACAUAAUUUGAUAUUUAAUAGGCUUUUCCUUAAUCCCUCAUUAUCCAACAAUUUCACUUAUCCAACGUUCUGCCGGCCCGUUUAUGUUGAAUAAGUGAGACUCUACUGUAAAACAUUAGUUCUGAAGGGACACACUUUUUGCUUUUAGUUGAUCCUACAUGUGUUUAGCAGGCAUUGUUUUUGAAGAAGCUUUCUGUCUUGUGUGUGGAAGGAUGAACAUCUCUUCUCAGAUGGUGUCGACCUCUUGUGGUCUUCAUAAACAUUUGUAAAAAAAUAAAAUACUAUAACCAGGUUUGA